UGACAGCAGUGACCUGAGGGAAGGAAGGCGGCGUCCGUCCUGCCCUCUGGGCCCCAGGGGCUGCUGGAGGCGAGGCGGCCGCUCGGAGCAGCCUGGCCGAGGUGUCAGCUGGGGAAUUUGGGGAGUUGAUUCUGAUUCCAGCCAUGGGCCUGUGGACAUCGACUCUGGCUAUUCCGGCGGAGAAAAAUCAUGAAAGUACAAAGAAAGGUUGUCCAAUCAGUAUGGAACCAUCUAACCUAAACCAGGAGAAGACAGACUCUGUGCCCGCUCACCAAGAACGUGCAUAUGAGUAUGUGGAAUGUCCCGUUACAGGAGCUAAGUUCAAGAACAAGGAGAACCUAGACCCUUCCAACCUGAUGCCACCGCCUAACCAAACACCGGCCCCAGAUCAACCAUUUGCAUUAUCUACUGUUCGAGAGGAGUCAUCCAUCCCGAGAGCAGAUUCAGAGAGAAAGUGGGUCUAUCCUUCCGAACAGAUGUUUUGGAAUGCAAUGUUAAGGAAAGGUUGGAAGUGGAAGAAAGAGGAUAUCAGUCAGCAAGAUAUGUCUAAUAUUAUUAAAAUUCAUAAUCAGAAUAAUGAGCAGGCUUGGAAGGAGAUUUUGAAGUGGGAAGCCCUUCAUGCAGCAGAAUGUCCGUGUGGUCCCUCAUUAAUACGGUUUGGAGGGAAGGCUAGAGAGUAUUCGCCGAGGGCAAGAAUUCGUUCCUGGAUGGGGCACGAGUUGCCUUUCGACAGGCAUGACUGGAUCAUCAGCCGCUGCGGGACGGAAGUGAGGUAUGUGAUUGACUACUACGAUGGUGGCGCAGUCAGCCAAGAUUACCAGUUCACCGUCCUGGAUGUGCGGCCUGCGCUGGAUUCGUUCUCUGCAGCAUGGGACAGAAUGAAGGUGGCGUGGUGGCGCUGGACUUCGUCUUGAAGCUAUAGGGUGAAGUUAAGUGUCAGAGCACUAUUCAUUCAUCUGUUCAUUGACUCACUCAAUAUUGACUGAAAAGUCUACAGUGUCUUGGGGAGAAUCCCAGAACCUACCAAACACCGUCUCUGCCCUUAAACGAGCCUGGAGUUCCUUACCAAUGGAGACUGAGAUAGGCACAUACACCUCUUUUUCAUAAAGAAUGAAAGAAGCACCCUUGAAGAGCAGGUGACAUGGGGUGGUAUACAGAGUGUAAGAUUUGGAGUCAGCCCUGGAUUCAGUUUCUGUCCUGCUACUUAGCUGCGUGACCUUGAGUGGCUCAUUUAGCUUCAGGCUUUUUCUUUCCUCUAUGUAAUGAUAAUCACACUGAAAGCUCAGAGAUUUUGUGACUUAAUCCUCGAAUAAAGUUCAGACAUUC